GUGGCACUGGGCGCCGUCCUGCCUGCUGCUCUUCAGAGCGGCACCAAGGUGGCCAAGCGCGACUCGUGGGGAGGCAGUGUGUCGCUGGGUCCCACCAAGUCCGACAUCAUCAAUGCGGUGACCACCCUCAUCCCCGGCACGGCCCCUGCCACCCAGAACGGCGAGCUCUUCCUCUGGCCUGGUAUGAGCAACGGCACUGGAGACCUCAUCCAGACCACCAUGGAGAGCUGGCCCAGCAACGCCUGGUGCGGUGCCACUACGGGCCAAUGGUGUGUGCGCGCCAGUAUCUUCGGUUCCUUCGGCCAGCUCGAUGGCACUGGCUCCGCUGUCAGCGGUGACGACCACGUUCGCAUCGAGUACAACCUGCUUUCCGACGAUAACACCUGGGUGCAGACGGUCACCAAUGCCUUGACUGGUGCCGCGCUGUCCAACUACUCCUACGCGUCGGGUCCUUACAUGACUGGUUAUGGAACAGGCACCGAGUGCGACUCCGACUGCACGGGCACGGUGGCUGCUCAGGUGUACCUCAACACCACCAUCACCCUCCGUGAGGCCGACACCACCUUUGGUGACACUAUCGCGACUGGCGCCGGCGCCACCUACACCGGCCUGAGCUCGAGCGAGGGUGGUAAGGUCUGGACCAUUGCGACCAUCAACAUCCCCGCCAUGGGAUCG